UGGAGUUAAUCGACAGCAGAGCUGAUGCUACGCUGAUGCAACCCACUUACAGGUCCGGUUAGGCGGCUUCUCUCCACCACUUCUCGCUGUAAAAAGACAGGAUCUGAAUCAGAGGGCCCUGCGUCAUGGCAAAUCAGCUGAGUCCAGAUGAGAAGUUCAACCUCAUCACCAGGAACCUCCAGGAGGUCCUUGGAGAAGAGAAGGUGAAACAGGUUCUUCAGGAGAGGGAACUGAAGGUGUACUGGGGUACUGCGACCACCGGCAAACCCCAUGUAGCCUAUUUUGUCCCCAUGUCCAAGAUAGCAGACUUUCUCAGGGCUGGCUGUGAGGUCACAAUUCUGUUUGCAGACUUGCAUGCCUACCUAGACAACAUGAAAGCUCCCUGGGAGCUGCUAGAGCUCAGGGUGAAGUACUAUGAACAGGUUAUCAAGGCCAUGCUGGAGAGCAUUGGCGUGCCCCUGGAUAAAUUACGGUUUAUCAAAGGAACUGACUUCCAGCUCAGCAGAGAGUACACCCUGGAUGUGUACCGUCUGUCCUCCAUGGUGACGGAGCAUGAUGCUAAGAAGGCUGGAGCUGAGGUAGUCAAACAGGUGGAGCAUCCUCUGCUGAGUGGUCUGCUGUACCCUGGACUACAGGCCCUGGAUGAGGAGUACCUGAAAGUGGAUGCCCAAUUUGGGGGAGUAGAUCAGAGGAAGAUUUUCACUCUGGCAGAGAAGUAUCUUCCCUCUCUUGGCUAUGCAAAGCGCGCUCAUCUGAUGAACCCGAUGGUUCCAGGACUGACGGGGGCUAAGAUGAGCUCUUCAGAAGAAGAGUCAAAGAUUGAUCUCCUGGACUCCAAAGAGGACGUGAAGAAGAAGCUGAAGAAGGCCUUCUGUGAGCCUGGCAACAUCCAGAACAAUGGAGUUCUCUCUUUUGUCAAAUAUGUCCUCUUUCCUCUACGAGGAGAGUUCUGUGUUAAAAGGGAUCCCAAGUGGGGUGGAGACAAAGUUUAUACUGUAUUUGAAGAAGUGGAAAUGGACUUUUCUGAGGAGAUGAUCCACCCUGGAGACCUGAAGGCUUCAGUGGAAGUCGCAUUAAAUCAGCUACUAGAUCCUAUCAGAAAGAAGUUUGAGACUCCCGAGCUUCGUAAACUCACCAAUUCUGCAUAUCCUGACCCCUCGAAGACAAAAACGGGAGGAAAAGGUGCCAAGUCGGGAGGAGGAGGAGGAGAUGAUGAUGAGCUGGCUCCUUCCAGAUUGGACAUCAGGGUGGGAAAGAUCGUCAGCGUGGAGAAGCAUCCAGAUGCUGAUUCGCUAUACCUGGAGAAGAUUGACGUGGGGGACCCAGAACCGAGGACGGUUGUCAGCGGUCUGGUGGCUUAUAUUUCACAGGAGGACCUACAAGACAGAACAGUGUUGGUCUUGUGCAAUCUGAAACCGCAGAAGAUGCGAGGGAUCGAGUCUCAAGCCAUGCUUCUCUGUGCCUCAAUAGAAGGGGAGCCCAGGAGGGUGGAGCCUCUGGACCCUCCAGAGGGAUCGUUGCCAGGGGAACGCAUCUUUGUGGAAGGAUAUGAGACGGGCAAGCCAGAUGAUAGAUUGAACCCUAAGAAGAAGGUGUGGGAGAAACUACAGGUGGACCUGAAGAUCUCAGAUGAGUGUGUAGCUCAGUGGAAAGACAGAAAGCUGAUGACCAAACUGGGACAGAUCACAUGUAAGACGCUGAAAGGAGGCAACAUCAGUUAAAUACAGACACAAACGCACACAUUUCUUCUGUCGACCUUCCAACUUUCAUCCACAAGUCGCCAUGGCAGCAACAUCAAAAUUCAUCGGGAGGUCUCUUGUAGGAUGAUGGGAUAUUGAUGCCAAAAGUCAACAUUGUUUCAGACUGGAUUAAACCAACUGUUGUUUCCUGCUUCUGUUUAACAGCUAGAAAAGUAUGUAAUUUCUGAAAAUGAGUCAUUUAUAACAUUAACUGUGUAACCAAUCAAUCUCUUUAAUUACUUGGAGUUGUACGGUGUUAGUGAUGCAUUUAAAGCUACACUUAAACUGAUGAUAACUGAAACUGAUUAGUUACGGCAUUGCUCAUUCCUGGAAGUGGCUAAUAAAAAAUAUCUCAGGUUUCUGAAAAGGGACUUUAUGUUUUGGUACUUUUCCAGGUUGAUUAUUCAGUGUUGUUUGCCGUCAUGAUAAAUAUUGGAGCAGUGGUCAGUCUGUCUAAGAAGAAUACUUUUCCAGGCUUUGGACACCAGAUGUAUGUAAAAAAAGGAAAACAUUUACUGCACCUACGGUUAUAUUUUGAAUAAAUAUCAGAAAAUA